CGAUUGGCUUGUUUUGUUGACGCGCGUUUUGUUGUUGACUUUUCGAAGCAUUUUAAAUUAUUUUACGCACUACUAUUGCGUCCAUACUUGGUUGGUUUUGAUGAGUUGAUUGGUUGGUUAGCACACUACAGUACACGUCAUGCGGCCCUGAAAGCAGCAAGAUCCUUGGCUGACUUGCAAGGAAAGCGCCCUUUCCUGUUGUGUUAGAUGACCAUUGGAGAAAUGUGGAGCUUAUGACAAGCAUCUAGAUGGCUGUAAGGACCUGCAAUGGCUUCAGAUGAUUCUAUCUGCAUUAAGGACGAACACCAAGCAAUCAGCUCUUCCCCAGUGAAUCAGGGGAACAUGGAGGAACUCAUUAUUCCCAACUGUACAGUGGAAUCAACGACCUCCGAGAACAGCGCCAUCUGCGUCAAAGAAGAAACUCAAGAUGCCAGCUUUUACGUUUUACCCGAAAACGGUGGAAAUGCUAGAGAAUUUAUGGCAGGCACCUACCCAGCCGCGUCGAUGUCCGAAGCGCAGAAGUUGUUGCUGCUCUCGCUCAUGGAGGAGUCCCCGGAGCUGUGCAACAACAGAAGUUUCAUGCCCGGGGAGUCGAAGCAGCAGCGAAGAGCAAAGUGGGACAGGAUUGCCACGUCCCUCAAUUCCGUUGUCGGAAUUAGAAAGGAUGCCAUCGGCUGGCAGCUCCUGUGGAAAAACUGGAGGUAUCGUGUCCGCAAGAACCUACGCUCCAACAUGAACGGAGGCUCGGGUGGGGCUGGCAACGAGACUUCAACACCAGGAGAGGAUGGCCGCGUACGGGUAGUCGAUCAGGCUGCCCAUAGCCUCGAUGCGCGUGUCAUGGCCCUUGUAGGGUGGGACACGUUGUCAGCUAUCCCAGGCUGCUCUACUGUGUCUGCGUCGGGAACCAUGACGCAGCAAGAGGCCACGGUUGCGGAACUAUCACCCGCCGCACAGGAACCCACUCCAGAAGAUCUCAUGGAAGUGAACCAGGACGCACCUGCACCUGUACCUACACCUGCACCUGCAGCAAGCACCGUCACUGCAGACAGAAUGUCGGGUGACCAGCGUGUUCGAAAAGAAAACGCCGGCACGAACCAGAGGCCAGCGCCAGCCCGCAAAAGGCGCAGGAGAGUUCCGGCACCCAUCGCGCAGCAGAUACUGGGUCUGCAGAGAGAGCUAGUGAAUGAAGUGUCUCAGCUUCGAGAGGUGAUCACCUCUGCAAUAUCCCCUAUCAGUGAGUACUUCAAGUACAAGCUGGAGAAAGAGAAAGGAAACAGUUAAGGCCCCUUGUCGAGGUAUUGACGUACAGCAGGCUUGCAUCAUCACCAAGACAUCUGCAUCAUUAGGAAAGGCUCCUUCAUUUUUUAAAAUUUGUUUUCAAUAUACCUUGUGGGUUUCAAGUGUUUUUGUAACUCUGUAGCGAUUAAACGUCUGUUUUAUUGUUGUGUA